UGUACGUGUGAAAUUUAUCGAUUCCAUUUCAACUGCAACCGAUCCUCGUAAUAAACCCUUUUACAUUCCGUUUCCCCCUGGCAAGUCUUUCUCUCCCCUCGUUGUCUCCAAACGCUUUCUAUGCAUGUAAUUUGUUUCUAUUGCAACACUCUAUUUUCUACGAAAUCCCUCUGUUUUUUCUCAGCAUAAAAUUUCAGAGAAUUCCUUUUCCUCCAUCAACGGAAAUUUAAUUUCCACUUUGAUUACUCCGGAAAACUAACAGAUCAAACUUUCGUACACAAGGACUUUUCAACUGUUGAAGGCAUGGAUAACCAAGGCUAUUCUAGUGGUGAUCGUCCGAGGACUACUUGGACGGUAGCAAUGGACAGUUACUUUGUUGACAUUAUGCUUGAACAAGUACAUAAGGGGUUUAAACAUCGCAGCUCAUUUACCAGGAAUGCUUGGGAUGAUAUGGUCUCCUUGAUAAAUAAGAAAUUUGGGUUACAACUUGAGAAGGAGAUUUUGCAGAAUCGAUCAAAAAAAUUUAAGCAGCAGUACAAUACUAGUAAGGUUCUUCUUCAGCAUGAUGGGUUUAAUUGGGAUGAAACAAGACAAAUGAUAGUUGCUGAUGAUAAUAUAUGGGAUGAUUAUCUUAAGGCACACCCUGAAGCGAAAUCAAUCAGGACUAGAAGUAUUCCACAUUACAAUAAUUUCUGUGUGAUAUAUGGAGAAGAACCUGUUGGUCAAGUUGUACAGUUUUCCAAUGACACAACAGUCCUAUCUCUUGAUGACAAGGAUCCAUGUGGGGUAAGGCCGUCACAAGUUGUAGAAUGGAUGGAGAAACAAGGCCCAAAUAGCAGUGAUCGCUUGCGCACUACUUGGACACCAACAAUGGAUCGAUAUUUCAUUGAGAUUAUGAUAGAACAGGUCCAGAAAGGUCACAAGAAUAAUACUAUAUUUCGGAAAAAAGCAUGGAAGAAUAUGGUUACUUUGUUCAAUAUGGAAUUUGAAUUAGGUGUGGAGAAGGAUGUUCUGAAGAACCGCCUGAAGAAACUAAGGACGAGGUAUUUUACUCUGAAGUCUCUUCUUGAACAUGGUGAAUUUUGCUGGGAUGAGACCAGGCAAAUGGUGACGGCAGAUGAUCAAGUCUGGGAUGAUUAUAUCAAGGCCCAUCCUGAAGCACGAGCUUACAGAACCACAACUGUCCCUGAUUUUGCAAAUCUUUCCAUUAUAUUUGGAAAUGAAAAUUCGAAAGGAAGAAAUAAUGGCUUAGAUCACACUGUUGAAUUUACUAAUGGAAUGCAUGAAGGAAAGAUUGGUGGAGAGUCUGGAGGUUCACAAUCUGCAACCAUAUCUGCUGCUCAUGGAGAUCAAUGUGGGUCUUCUCAACUUGUGGAGGGAGUGGAUAACAGAGAAACCCCUACUACUGAACGUUCAAAGACUAACUGGAAACCUCCUAUGGAUCGCUAUUUCAUUGAGAUCAUGUUAGAGGAAAUUCAUCGAGGUAAUACUAGUGGAACUUCAUUUCGGAAAGAAGCAUGGACACAUAUGCUUGACUUGUUAAAUUCAAAAUUCGGGUUACAAUUGGACAAGGAAACUUUGAGAGUUCGGUUCAGAAAAUUGAGGAUGCAGUACAAUGCUGUGAAGAUUCUAUUAGACCAUGGUGGAUUUCACUGGGAUGAAACACGACAAAUGGUGGUGGCAAGUGACAUUGUAUGGGAUAACUAUCUCAAGGCACAUCCUGAAGCACAGGCUUAUAGAACUAAAACAUUGCCAUGCUAUAAUGAUAUGAGUGUGAUAUUUAGGAACUCUAGUGCUGAUGGAGGACAUAGCUUUUCAGGUCAUAAUUUGGACUUCAAUGACACAUCAGGAAAGAAAAUUGUUGCAUUUGGUGAUCCUGUUGAUAUCCAAGAAUCAUCAUCCCAUUCAGGUGGAGGUGUAGAUACUUCUAAUCAACUUGGAAAACGGCCUUUUGUCGAUCCAUCAAAUUCCCAUGAUUCUAGGAAAGCACGAAGGAGCACUGACGAGCGUAUGGUGGAUGCUCUUCGCCAGAUGGCUUUUGCAGUCACGUCAUUGGCAAAUAAUAAGAAAGAGAAUCAGAGCUCUAUUUCUUUUGAACAAGUCGUCAAUGCGCUCAAAGCUGUACCAGAUAUAGAUGAAGAUCUAUUUCUGGAUGCUUGUGAUCUUUUGGAGGAUGAACAGAAGGCAAAGAUGUUUUUGGCUUUGGAUGUUACCAUCCGAAAGAAAUGGUUAAUGAGAAAGCUUCGUCCACAAUAGGAUCAAUGUGUAAUCCCUCUCUAUUAAUGGUGGAUCGGUAUUCUCUUAGCCACCACAAUCUGAUACUUGAAUAUCUAUACUAAUGGAAGUUAUUUGAUC